AUGGCCACUGAGCAAGAUCCUAACAAAUACAGUCAACCAUAUGACGUUAGUUUGUCUGAGGUUUACGGUGGUAUAGGGAAACGAUUUACGUUGAACACAAAUGUUACAUUAAAUCACGAUCACUUUAGUUUUAUGUUCGUUCGAAAUCCCUAUUCAAGACUUUUAUCUGCAUAUGUAGAUAAACUUGUUCCGCCAAAUCCAAUCUUUUGGAUGUAUUUUGGUUUAAAGGCAAUAACACAAUUUAGAGAAGGAAUGAAUAAUUCCAAACAAUCGAACAGAAAGGAAGCUAAGCACAAUAAUGAUACAGCACUAGUCGGCCACGAUGUGACAUUUGCAGAAUUUGUGCGAUUUGUUACAUACUCUGAACUUCACAAAGAAAGUCCCAAUCCUCACAUCUCUAGCGUCAAGAAACAUUGCAGACCGUGUUCGUCUUUCUUCACCUUUAUAGGCAAAUUAGAAAAUAUAGCAGAAGAUGGUUCUUAUGUAAUGAACAAAAUAGGGAUCAGUAAAAAUGCCAUUACGGCACUGGAAACUAAUAUAUCAAACCUUACAAAAGAUGAUGCUAUUACCGAUAGUAUUCGAGGACCGUUCGGAUGGAAGAAAGAUGUGCUAAAACACAUAACAUGGGAUAAGGCGUUGCAAAGACUUUGGUUAAAACUGCAGAUGCGUGGGUUGAUUGAGAAGGACAUUAAACUUGAACUUAGUAAUCAACAGAUUAUGUCGAUGACAAGUGACCGGUUUAUCGACAUUGCAAGAGAAGCAUAUGCGCGAUCGGACCCUGGAAAGCUGAAACAACAAAGUAAAGCAGUCCAAAAAGAGGCUUUUGCAAGUGUUCCGUUGAAAGAUCUUAAAGCUUUUAGAGACGCAUUUAAGGACGAUUUUAUCUUGCUCGGUUACGACCCAUCCCCGAAGGAACUUUAUGAUCGGAGUGAAAAUCCUGCUGAGCCUUCUGUGUAUUUCAAUAAACUAUAG